AAAAGAUAUCUGUAUUUUUCAUCCCAUUUCCUGCGCCGCCUCACACCUUCUCAUUGUUGGGAGGGAAACACAGCUUCACGGUGGUGCGACGACCUUUCUGGAAAGGAGAAGAAGCGGCUCCGUUUGGGAGCUCCGCACAAAGAGUGACGCGACCAAGGACGGCUACGAGAUUAUGGUCGACGGCAAGCGCGAUAGCCAGAGAGAAUGACGCGACGGCCAAAGGGUGAUGUAGCUCAGGAGAACGAAGAAGGUGCCUAAUAUCAAAAGAUUGGAGUCCUAAUUUGGUGAGUUUUCCCUCCAAAGGACUUCCAUUUGGCUUCACAUUUUCUUCUUUCAAACUCGCGAUUCCACAGAUUUCACAUCCGAUCUCAUGAAGUUAACGAGUUAACUCGUGAGUUUUUGAUAAUGACAAGUUUGAUAACCAUGUGUCACACGCGUGACACUAUAAAAUCAAAAGCCUUCUAAUUCAACCAUCACUACAAAGCAAAAUAAGAGUGAAUACCAAGACUUGGUUGGUUUAGUUUACCACAUUUCCGGCACCUCUGCCUUCACUUACACCAAAUACAGCCUCAAGAUGAAUACGUGCUAUCUCACCCUUUGGUUUGUGUUAGCUUUGGUCUUACCUUUAUCAUCAUCAGCAGCAGCAUAUCCCACAAAACACAUUCCUGCUUUGUAUGUUUUUGGUGACUCUCUUGUUGAUUGCGGAAACAACAACCAUCUUCCUAGUGGUGGACCCUCUUUUCUUCCUUAUGGUAUAGACUUCAUGCACGGCAAACCUACCGGACGAGCAACAAAUGGAAAAACUGUGGCUGAUUUCCUUGCUAUACAUCUAGGACUACCCUUAACCCCUCCCUACUUGGGUCUUUCGAAUCAUCAAAGGAACAGAGUAAGCACAGGCAUUAAUUAUGCAUCUGCUGGGUCUGGUGUUCUGCCAGAUACCAACAACGAUACGUCUUUGACACUAGACAAACAAAUUAAGUUCUUCCAUAGGACUAUUACGCAUAAUUUGCCAAAGAUGUUCACUGAGAAUGAAGAAUUAGAGAAGCAUAUUUCUGAAUCCUUGUUUUUCGUCUCUACUGGGGUGAAUGAUUAUUUCCACAACGGAACCUUCCGCGGCAACAAGAGCUUUGCUUUUUUCCUUCUUAGUGAAAUAACCCUGCGCGUCAAGACAAUGUAUGGCCUAGGAGCAAGAAAAUUUAUCUUGAACAACAUUCCCCCAGCAGGUUGCUUUCCAUCAAAAGCUAUCCACACAAGACCAAUAGGAAAAUGUGAUGAGAAAAUAAACAAAGCGAUCACCUUUUACAAUAAGAAGUUGCGUGAAGUACUCCAUGAGCUCCAAUCAAACCUUCCUGGCUUCACCUUUAUACAUGCAGAUCUCUAUGGGUUCCUUAAGAAAAUGCGGAAAAUUGGAAGUUAUUAUGGGAUAGUGGAAACAUGGAAACCUUGUUGCCCCAAUACCAUUUAUGGUGAUCUCAAAUGCCAACCCAGCUCUGUACCUUGUCCUAACAGAAACACUCAUCUUUUCUUUGAUCAAUACCACCCUUCCGAAAUCGCAAACAAAGAAUAUGCAUGGCUAUGCUUCAAUGAGAAGAUUAUUUGCAAGCACUGGGGUCUCAAACUGUUCUAGCAAGCAUAGCGUGUUUGCUUUGUCGUAUCAAAUAAAAGGAUUUAUGACAAUCCGUCCCUUGAAAUCAUAGAAUUAUGUAUUACAAAAGUCGUCAUAAUCUCAAAAUACUGAUUGUUUACUAAAACAACGUGUUACAGACUAUUUCACUGA